AUGGCGGGGAACGAGUGGAUUAAUGGCUACUUGGAGGCGAUACUUGACAGCCAAGCUCAAGGGAUUGAAGAAACACAGCAGAAACCUCAAGCAGCCAUGACUCUAAGAGACGGUGAAGGAGACUUUUUCAACCCUACUAAAUACUUCGUGGAGGAAGUCGUCACCGGAGUCGAUGAAACCGAUCUUCACCGGACUUGGCUCAAAGUGGUAGCCACUCGUAACUCCCGUGAACGAAACUCUCGCUUAGAGAACAUGUGCUGGAGAAUAUGGCAUCUCACUCGCAAGAAGAAGCAGUUAGAGUGGGAGGAUUCGCAGCGAGUAGCGAACAGGAGAUUGGAGAGAGAACAAGGAAGAAGAGAUGCAACGGAGGAUUUGUGUGAAGAUUUAUCAGAAGGAGAGAAAGGAGAUGGUCUUGGAGAGAUUGUUCAACCUGAGACACCUAGAUUACAACUCCAACGCAACUCAUCCAGUGUUGAUAUUUGGUCUGAUGAUAAAAAGGAGAAUCGUCUUUACGUUGUCCUCAUCAGUUUACACGGAUUAGUUCGUGGUGAAAACAUGGAGCUUGGUAGCGAUUCUGAUACCGGUGGACAGGUAAAAUAUGUUGUGGAGCUAGCUAGAGCAUUAGCGAGAAUGCCUGGUGUGUACCGAGUAGAUCUCUUUACACGUCAGAUAUGCUCAUCAGAAGUUGACUGGAGCUACGCAGAGCCAACAGAGAUGCUAACAACAGCUUCCGCUGAAGAUUGUGACGGAGACGAAACAGGAGAAAGCAGUGGAGCUUACAUCAUUCGCAUACCCUUUGGUCCACGUGAUAAGUACUUACCAAAAGAGAUUCUCUGGCCUUACAUCCAAGAGUUCGUUGAUGGAGCCUUAGCUCAUAUCCUAAACAUGUCGAAAGUGUUGGGAGAACAGAUUGGUAACGGGAAACCGGUUUGGCCAUACGUGAUUCACGGCCACUACGCUGAUGCAGGGGACAGUGCUGCUCUUCUUUCAGGUGCGUUGAACGUUCCUAUGGUCUUGACGGGUCAUUCUCUAGGAAGAAACAAGCUAGAGCAGCUUUUGAAACAAGGGAGGCAGUCCAAGGAGGAUAUAAACUCGACGUAUAAGAUCAAGAGGAGGAUUGAAGCUGAAGAGCUUUCUCUUGAUGCUGCGGAGCUUGUUAUAACGAGUACAAGGCAGGAGAUUGAUGAGCAGUGGGGACUUUAUGAUGGGUUUGAUGUUAAGCUUGAGAAAGUGUUGAGAGCUAGGGCUAGACGCGGUGUUAAUUGUCAUGGAAGGUACAUGCCGAGAAUGGCGGUUAUUCCUCCAGGAAUGGAUUUCACAAACGUGAUUCAAGAAGUGACAUCUGAGGGAGAAGGAGAGUUAGCUUCUUUAGCAGGAGGAGCUGAGGGAUCUUCUCCUAAAGCGGUUCCAACUAUAUGGUCUGAUGUGAUGAGAUUUUUCACAAACCCUCACAAACCGAUGAUCUUGGCAUUAUCAAGACCAGACCCAAAGAAGAACAUAACCACUCUUUUAAAAGCCUUUGGUGAAUGUCGACAUCUACGGGAGCUAGCUAAUCUCACUUUGAUUAUGGGGAAUAGAGAUGAUAUAGAUGAGCUGCCAUCUGGAAACGCAAGUGUUCUUACAACGGCGUUGAAACUCAUUGACAAGUACGACCUUUACGGGUCUGUUGCGUAUCCUAAACAUCAUAAACAGUCUGAUGUUCCUGACAUAUAUAGACUUGCUGCAAACACAAAGGGUGUUUUCAUUAAUCCAGCUUUGGUUGAACCUUUUGGCCUUACACUCAUUGAGGCUGCGGCUCACGGGCUUCCCAUGGUGGCUACAAAAAAUGGAGGACCAGUCGAUAUACUUCAGGCAUUGCAUAACGGUUUACUAGUGGAUCCACAUGAUCAAGAAGCAAUAGCUAACGCAUUACUGAAGUUAGUAUCAGAGAAAAACCUAUGGAACGAGUGCAGGAUCAACGGUUGGAAGAACAUUCACCUGUUUUCAUGGCCUGAACAUUGCCGCACUUACCUGACUCGUGUAGCCUCAUGCCGUAUAAGACAUCCUCAGUGGCAGACGGAUGCAGACGAAAUGGCGGCUCAAGAGGACGAGUGUUCACUCAACGACUCUCUUAAAGACGUUCAAGACAUGUCUCUUAGACUCUCUGUGGAUGGAGACAAGUCUUCCUGGAACGCGUCUCUUGACCCGAAUAGUACUGAUCCGGUUAAGCAGAUAAUGAGCCGGAUGAAGCAGCCUGAAACCAAGAGUAAACCGGAAGUACAGGGGAAGAAGCAGGGGGAUAACGUGGGGAGCAAGUUUCCUGUUUUGCGGAGACGUGAACGGCUUAUAGUUAUAGCUGUUGAUUGCUACAACGAGGAAGGAGCGCCAGAUGAGAAACCUAUGGUUGCCAUGAUUCAGAACAUCAUCAAAGCCGUGAGAUCGGAUCCUAAGAUGGCUAAGAACUCUGGUUUCGCGUUAUCAACUUCAAUGCCGCUUGAUGAGUUGAUUAACUUCUUUAAGUCAGCCAAGAUUCAGGUGAGUGAGUUCGACACGUUGAUAUGCAGCAGCGGGAGUGAAGUGUAUUACCCAGGAGCUGAAGAAGGGAAGCUUCUUCCUGAUCCUGACUAUUCAUCGCAUAUAGAUUAUAGAUGGGGCAAUGAAGGGCUUAAGAACACUGUGUGGAAGUUGAUGAACACAACAGCUGUUGGUGGAGAAGCUAGGAACAAGGGUUUACCGAGUCUUGUCGAGGAGGAUAAGGCGUCGAGUAAUGAGCAUUGCGUUGCUUAUUUGAUCAAAGAUCGUUCCAAGGUGAUGCGAAUUGAUGACUUGCGUCAGAAGUUACGUCUUAGAGGACUUCGUUGUCAUCCUAUGUAUUGUCGGAACUCGACAAGAUUGCAGAUCGUUCCUCUUCUUGCUUCUCGAUCACAAGCUCUUAGAUACUUGUUCGUGCGGUGGAGGCUGAACGUGGCGAACAUGUACGUUGUAGUCGGAGAACACGGCGAUACGGACUACGAGGAGCUUAUCUCUGGCACACACAAGACGGUGAUUGUCAAGGGGCUCGUGAAGUUAGGCUCUGAUGCUCUGCUCCGGUCUACAGACCUUCGAAACGACAUCGUUCCAUCAGAGAGUCCUUUUAUUGGUUUUCUCAAGGUUGACUCACCGGUUAACGAGAUAACCGACAUUUUGAAGCAGCUGUCGAAAGCCGCUGGUUGA